AUGACAAAGGUUGCCAUCCUCGGCGCGGGAAAUCUCGCCUGGACCCUUGCAGGAGACCUCUUGCUGCGGCCUAAGAGCAACUACGAGGUCACCGUAUGGACGCCGCUCGAUCACCGUUCUGCUUUCGAUGUGGUCGCUGCAGGUGGUCCUCUUCAACUGACCGGCGUGGCAACCGGCCAAUUCUUCCCGGCCCUCGAAACGGACUUGGGAGUCGCUAUUAAAUCUGCUGAUUUUAUUAUCGUCACCGUCCCUACCCUCGGCCAAGUCGACAUUCUUAACGCCCUCGCCGAACAUGAUCUGAGCACGUCCACUGUCAUCGCCCUGCCCGGCGGCGGCUUCACGCUCUUAGCCAAACGGCUGCUGCGCCAAGAGCAGUUUCCAAAGUUCAUCCUCGAGACAUCGACUUCGCCGUACGCAUGCCGCAAGAGUGGGAACACCGUCUCCAUUCUGGGUCUGAAGAGACAGAUCGAAAUCGCCACGUCGAAGAAACUUCACACGACAACCAAAGCUGCCAUCGCCGCUCUUUUCCCGCAGCGCCUCGAGUGGUAUCAGGAUCUCGCCUCCAUCUUCUUCUCGAACGUGAAUCCGGUGGCCCAUCCGGCGGGGAUCCUCCGGGCCAGAGAAGCCAUCGAGAGCGGCGUUCGACCACUCCCACUCUUCUACAAGGAGUGUAUACCUGCCGCAAUCGGAGUGGUUCUUGCCGUGGACGAGGAGCGUCUGGCUAUUGUCAAGGCACUGGGGCUCCAGUCAAACACGGACAUUGGUUACAGCAAGGCUUGGUAUGGAACCGACGCACCCGACUCGAAGACGUUCUUCGAGACAUACGAGGGAUAUGCUACCAUUGAAGCCCCUAGUUCGAUCAACCAUCGGUACAUCAAAGAAGACGUGAAGUACAUCAUGGUCCUUUGGGUCCAAAUCGCUGUGGUUUGUGGCGUCAAAGUCCCGGUCAUGGAAUACAUCAUCGAUCAGGCCAGCAACGCGGUCAACGAAGACUUGCGCCACACGGGGAGAAGCUUGGCCUCGCUAGGGCUCGAGGGAGCAGACAAGGACGCCAUCCUCCGGGCCUUAAACGGGAUGGACUCGCUGACGCUAACAUGA